CACUUCCUUUCUGUCAGCGCAGGGGCUGGUUUUGUUCUAUGUGUAGAGUUUCACAUGAUUUAUGGUGUGUUCAGAGAAGAGUUUUCAUUUGGAAGCAGUCAUCCGAGGAAGCAUCAUGUCAUUUGUUAGCACUCUGCGUCAGUGGGACGAGGCUGUUGCUUGUGUGGAGCAGAGAGACACUGACUCUGCUCUCAGGAUAUUCCUCAACAUCGAAGAAAAAACAUCUAAAAUCAACUACAACAUUGGCUGUCUUUAUUUAAACAACGAUGAGUUAGAUGAGGCUGAAAAGGCGUUUGAUAGAAGUAUAGGCAAAGAUGGGCACCUGGCUGUGGCCUUCUUUCAGAGGGGAGUUACUUUCUACAAAAAGGAAAAGUUUGAAGAGUCUCUUCUAGAUUUUCAACAGGCAUUCAAACAGUUAAGAGGAAAUCAACUAAUAGACUAUAAACCCCUGGGGCUGACAUAUAAACUAUAUGCAUGUGAGGUUCUUUAUAACAUGGGAUUGAUACACGCCCAGACGGGAAAAUGGGAGAAAGCUCAAGAGAACCUUCUUACUGCACUGACUCUCAGAGCAGAGGCCAAGUUCAACCAUAUUGACAAUGCUCUGGAAGCCAUACUGAAGCAGAAGAUUUAUCCACUGGUAGAAAUUCGAGCAGGACUGCUGUUCAAACCCAAUAAGCACUAUGUAGCAGAACUAGAGAAAAAGGACUACCUUGGAAAAGCCAAAGUUGUGUCUUCUGUUGUACCUGCUGAUCAGUUUUCUGGGUUUGCCCCACUGCAGCCUCAAGUUGAUGAUGUUCCAUCAACACCAAAGGUGCCAGAAGUACUAAGGGCACUUGAAGGCGAGCCACACACUGUUCUCUACGAGUUUGUUCCUGCGACCAAAGAAGAAUUGGCCGUGUUGCCUGGCAACAUCGUUUUUGUUCUUCAAAAAGGAGCUGAUAACUGGGCAUCUGUUGUUUUCAACGAGAAGCGAGGUCUCGUACCUUAUAAUUUUCUAGAACCCUUGGAUAUAACCAUGACAUCAAAACCAAUGCAGAUUGAACAAAUAAAUGAAAAUGAUGAUAUACCAGCUCCACCCAGAAGAGCACCACCUAGUCGACCAGUGGGCAAAGAAGGCGUGAAGGCUGUGAAAGCAGAGACUAAAAACAGUGAGGAACUCAAAGCGUGCAUUGUGAAAGUGCACUUUCAGUUCACCAUUGCCAUCAGUAUUGCACAUGGUCAACCAUAUGGAUUCAUUCUUCAGAAGAUAAGCUCUAAACUACAGCUGCCUCCAUCAGCAUUAACCUUACAGUAUGCGGAGGAAGAUUCAAAGGAAAAAACUAUUAUUGAGGAUUCAGUAAUGGGGGCUGUAUGGGACAGUGUGAAGGAUGGAAAUCUAACAUUGUGGUGUUCUGUUACUGAGGGAAAAAGCGUGUCUCACGAGAAAGUGGUUGCUCUUUACUCUUAUAAAACUUCCACCCCGGAAGAUCUGGAUUUUAAAGCGGGAAAUGUUAUCACGGUUCUUUCAAAAGUCAAUGACGAGUGGCUUGAGGGUCAAUGCAGUGGAAAGAUUGGCAUAUUCCCAGCAUCAUUUGUUAAAUCCCUUAAUGGGUAACAACAAUGGAAAUCAACAUUCAGCAAUCAAUGCGUAAAGUUAAACGUGUUAUGUUUACAUUUGCCGUAUAUUUGGAAUAAAUUAUCAUUAUUUCAAGGACUAACCAUUAUAUUAAUAUUGACAUUAUUAACCAUUAUCAUAUUCUAUCUCUUUGUAUUCCUGUACUCAGCUAGUAAAGCAUUGACAGCACAAAAGGUCAAGAGUUCAUUUUUCACAGAGCACACAUACUGAUAAAAUGUAUUGUAUAUUAUAAUUGUAAGUCGCUGUGAAUAAAACUGUCUGCCAAAUGUUAAUCUUCUCGGUUAUCAUACUGAUGAUAUCAGAGAUAAAAUAAUGCAACUUGUCUUUAUCAGUAUUUAAAAAGAGUAUACUUCGUAUAAAAAAGCAAGUGUUAUAAUAAAAGAUUUAUUUUCUUGAA